AUGUCUUCACAAAAGAAGGAAAGGACGACAUUGUCAAUGGUGCCCGACUAUCAGGUCGGUCUUACCGAAGGGAUGAUAACGUUGUUGAAUGAAUUAGAAGCCAUGAAGAUCACAGUGAUUUAUACGGAGCAACUCCUUGAUACAGCACUCGCACUAGCUGCAGACAGAGGUGAAUCCACAAGGCUUAUAAGCUACACCGAAGAUAACUUGGAUAAACUGCACGACACGCUGGAAGGAGUUGUUUUGCUACUCAUAGUUGGCGAGGAAAGGGUGAAGGCACUGGAAUAUUUCUUCAGUCAUCCAAAAGUUCUCAUGAAUGGGAAAUUUAUUAUUUUUGACGACGGCAGCAAAGAAAAACAGUUAAGGACGGAUACCGCUGACUUUUUAAUGGAUCUACAAGUGCUCUCAGACGAAUUCUUGCCAGAGCAUCAAAAGCCAUCAAUUUUAAAUAAUUUUGUGUUGCUUCAAUCAAUCCACGGUUCGGAAAUCACUAAAUCUGCAAUUAUGCUUAAUUCCACUGUCACGCCAGGUUUAGAGAUGUCGCUGCUACUUUGCGAUGCAAUUUCUCUCUUAAAUGUUGUUUCUGCCGAUCGUCUGACGAUCGCAGCAAUCUUCGAAAAGAAGAUCGAUGGUCUAAGUGGUCCUACGUUUUUCUCGAAAAAUGGUGUUCGACUGCCAUACUUCAACGUUUUCGCAUUUGAGAUGGAUGGUGUGCUUCCUGUUUUAUCAUUGGUGCCAUCGACAACCCUUUGUAAUUACACCGAAUCACUUGAUUGCAAACACUAUCAAAUAAACUUCGACAUUAACUCAACAGUGCUUCCGCAAUUACGAUGGGAAGAAGUGGAGGGAGUGGGAGGAUGUGUGGGCGGAGCUUGCAAUACAACGUAUACGUUUUUGGCUGCUCUAGUGAUUUUUGUAGUGGUCGCAAUUCCUCUCAUGGCCGCAUUCCGAAAACAGAGGAAAGAGCGAGAAAUUCAUCAGAUGUCUUGGAGAGUAGCAUAUGAGAGGGUGUUGCAAAAGAAGAGACAGGAAGCAGCACUCCCUCUUCCUGGAUACAGAAAAAUUUCUCCAAGCAGCACUACUGGCCUUUCUGAUAGCUCAGGAUCGGGUCGCAUAUCGAAUUCUUCUCCUUCCUAUCUUAAUGAACAAAAGAUUCUAGACACUGGAAUACAUGAUGAUAAUGUGUUCGUGAAGUCUUAUCGACAGAGAAGAGCUGUGAACUUGACACGAGCGGACAUGAACCUGCUAAAUCAGUUGAGAAGUCUCAAACACUCUAAUGUCAACGAAUUUGUUGGAAUGUCAUUAAACGAGCAUAGCGAAAUGAGAGUAUUAUGGCAAUACUGUUCUCGCAACAGUCUUCACCAUCUGAUUUUUGAAAAAAAUCUACAUUUUCGUCGGACAUUCCAAUGCAGCUUCCUCAAACACAUUUUAAAUGGCUUGCAAUACAUCCAUGAUAGUCCAAUUCAAUUUCAUGGUUCCCUGUUUCUUACGAAUUGUGUCGUAGACGCUUUCUGGGUGGUUAAACUAACCGACUUUGGAGUUCACAACAUCAUUUGGGAUAAGAUAGAACAUAGGGAGCUGGAGGACUGCCGAUCUGUUACCGUAGAUGAAUUGCCAUCCAAGUACUACCAACUAUCACCGGAAAUGCUUCGAAACAUCGUUCAGGAGGGUAGGAUUCCUUACGGAUCUCAAAAAGCGGACAUAUAUCAGUUGGGAAUGGUUAUAUAUCAGAUUCUCUUCCAUAUGCGACCUUUUGCAGACAAAUCAGAGAUGUCUUCAAGACAAAUGGUCACAGCAAUAUGUCAAAUGGACAAAGGUGAACCUUUCUAUCCCAGCAUACCCAAAGAUAACGGCUACACUUUGCGUUUGACGUCCGUAAUGCAGCAGUGUUGGUCUUCAAAAUUGGAUGUACGCCCUGCUCUUUAUGCUGUCAGCGACGCAAUAGCAAGAGAGUUCGAAAAAGAAGGUAAAGGAAACCUUGUCGAUCAGAUGCUUCGAACCAUCGAUGACUAUCAGAAAAAUAUUGAGACGAUGAUCUCUGAAAGAACUAAAUUUCUUGAAGAUGCUCUCGCAAGGACAGAGGACCUUCUAUUUCAUAUCAUGCCCAGGAAGGUUGCUGAAGAUCUAAGAGAGGGACUUCCUGUUCAUCCAGAAAUGCAUGCAUCCGUUUCUGUGUUGGUCGCUGAUGUGUGCAAAUUCACUGAACUCUGUGAAGCAUGCAUUCCUGUUAUCGAAAUUCUACAAGAUCUUUACUCUUCUUUUGACCAAAUAGUAUCUCAAUAUGAUACAUUCAAGGUGGAAAAUGUUGGAGAUAAUUAUCUACUUGUCAGUGGACUAACUGGAAUUCCUCACCACCUUUCGGAAAUCUGCAAAAUUGGGAUCGAAAUUAUGCAUUUUGUCUACAAAUACGAAACAAAACAUCGAUCGAACAUAAAAUUGCAAAUAAAGAUUGGCAUUAGUUGCGGAGGAGUUGCGUCCGGGAUUUUAGGAAGUUCUGCCCCAAGGUUUUGCCUCUUUGGUGACACUGUCAAUAUGGCGUGCAAAAUGGCAGCUCUAUCCGAUCCGGGAAAGAUACAAAUAACCGAAGGAGCGGCAGGCAUCAUACAACAGCAGUAUCAAAAUUUCAGUGUGCAAGAACGUGGUCUCGUUGAACUGAAGGGUAAAGGACCUACGUGCACCUAUUGGCUUCUCGGACGUACAGAUUCGAAAAAGUCAUCGUGA